AUGCAGGCCCGGGUGGCGUUCCUGGGCAAGGCGAGCGGCGGUGGCGGGCCCUGCGGGGGCUCCUCGGCUGCCCGCCGGGUUCGUCUCCUCCUGCAGCAGGUGGCCGGGCUGCGGGGCGGCGGAUUCCGGGCCUCGCACGGCGGGACAGGCGGCCAAGGUGAUACUGUUAAUAUCGGAGACAUAUCCUACAAACUCAGAAAGCCCCAAAACCCAGAACUGGUCCCAGUGAACUACAUUUCAGAUUCCCUGGCUCAGUCUGUGAUCCAGCACCUAAGAUGGAUCAUGCAGAAGGAUCUCCUGGGGCAAGAUGUUUUCUUGAUUGGACCUCCGGGACCGCUUCGGCGUUCGAUUGCCAUGCAAUACCUGGAACUGACCAAAAGAGAGGUGGAAUAUAUGGCCCUUUCCAGAGACACGACCGAAACCGAUCUCAAACAGCGACGGGAGAUCCGAGCUGGCACUGCCUUCUACAUUGAUCAAUGUGCGGUCCGGGCCGCUACGGAAGGUCGGAUCCUGGUUCUGGAAGGCCUGGAGAAGGCGGAGCGGAACGUCCUGCCCGUCUUGAACAACUUGCUGGAGAACCGGGAAAUGCAGCUGGAGGACGGCCGGUUCCUGAUGUCGGCCGAGCGUUACGAUAAACUGCUGAAGGAGCACGACAAAGAAGAGCUGGACUCUUGGAGGAUUGUUAGAGUUAGUGAGAACUUCCGGGUGAUUGCCCUGGGGCUUCCGGUACCCCGAUAUGUGGGCAACCCACUAGACCCACCGCUUCGAUCUAGGUUUCAGGCCAGAGACGUUUAUUAUCUACCCUUCAAGGACCACCUUUCCCAACUGUACUUUAUUGGAAAGAACGUGUCAACAGAAAGAAUCUCGCAGAUGUUGUCCUUUGCCACGACUCUCUGCACCCAAGAAUCGUCUUCGCUGGGCCUGCCCGAUUUCCCCUUAGACAGUUUGUCCUCUGCUGUGCAGAUUCUGAAUUCCUUCCCUAUGAUGUCAGUGCAACAUAUCCUCAACUGGCUUUAUCCGUAUAAUGUUUUGCUAGGAAAAGAAGGCCAGACAGCCGUUGAAGACACCCUGAAACGAUUUGAACUCCAAGAUUCCAGGAAAUUUUCUGUCCCUACGAACGUUAUAAGCGUGACGAAGAGGGAGGGUGACAAGAGCUUGCAGGCUGACGUGACCAUCGCCAUAGCUGGAGAAGCUGUGACGUUCCAGGUCCCUGCUGGGGCUCAGCUCUCCGGCCCGAGUCCGGGGACCGAAGGCUUUGUCCGAACGUUCAGCCACGAACGGCUGCUGGCCGAGAUGAUGCAGUCUCACAUGGUUAAAGACGUCUGCUUGAUCGGACAGAAGGGUUGCGGCAAAACGGUUGUGGCUAAAGCCUUUGCGGCCCUGUUAGGAUAUCACAUAGAACCCAUCAUGCUGUAUCAGGAUAUGACAGCGCGAGACCUUCUGCAGCAAAGGUACACUCUGCCCAACGGGGACACCUCCUGGAGGCCUUCUCCCCUGGUCACCGCGGCCCUCCAGGGGAAGCUGGUCAUUCUGGAUGGCAUUCACCGGGUCAACCCAGGCACGCUAGCCGUCCUCCAAAGAUUGAUUCACGAUAGAGAGAUUACACUUUACGACGGUACCAGAUUAUUGAGGGAAGACAGAUACCGAAAGUUACAGGAAGACCUUCAAAUCUCAGCUGAGGAGCUGCAGCAAAGGGCUAUUUUUCCCAUCCACCCUUCCUUCCGAGUGGUCGCGUUGGCAGAACCGCCUUCCGUUGGAAGUACCACCCAGCAGUGGUUGGGCCCAGAGCUUUUGACCCUGUUCUUUUUCCAUUAUAUGAAGCCGCUAAGCAAGAACGAAGAAAUUAAAGUGAUUAAAGAGAUGGUUCCAAAUGUAGCCCGGGCCUCGGUGGAGAAGCUGCUGAAGUUAACGCACAAGCUUCGUGAGACCAACGAUCCCACCGCACAAUCCCUGGCCUCCUCCUUAUCUACCCGCCAGCUCUUGAGGAUCUGCCGGCGUCUAUCUCAUUAUCCGGAUGAAAGUCUCCACCACGCUAUCAAUAAAGCUUGUCUUUCAAGGUUUUUACCCAACCUCGCCAAAUCUGCCUUACAUAAAAACCUGCUGGAUGCCGAGAUCGAAUCAAGCUCUGCCGAUAUCCAGAAAACGGAGGGAAGAGACUAUAGCUGUGAAAUCAAGUCAGGAGUCCUCAGGAUUGGAAGUGUCCAAAUUCCGGUUUACAACCCCGACGAGAGCAUGAAAGUGCCUGACGUUCUUUUCUAUGAAAAUACUCAACAUAUGAUGGUGAUGGAAGACAUGUUAAAAGACUUUUUGCUCGGAGAGCAUCUUCUUUUAGUGGGCAACCAGGGUGUGGGGAAAAAUAAAGUGGUCGACAGAUUCCUCCAGCUGUUAAAUCGACCCAGAGAAUAUUUGCAGCUGCACAGGGACACCACCGUGCAGAGCCUGACGCUUCAGCCGUCCGUGAAAGAGGGCCUGAUUGUGUACGAGGACUCUCCACUCGUGAAAGCUGUCAAAAAGGGGCACAUCCUCAUGAUUGACGAGGCAGACAAGGCACCCACCAACGUCACCUGCAUUUUGAAAACUUUGGUGGAGAGCGGAGAGAUGAUUCUGUCCGACGGGAGACGCAUUGUUUCUAAUGCUGCUGCUGCAGAUGGGAGAAAAAAUGUCAUAGUAAUGCAUCCGGAUUUUAGGAUGAUUGUUUUAGCAAACAGGCCGGGAUUCCCUUUCUUGGGAAAUGACUUUUUUGGAACCCUUGGAGACAUAUUUAGCUGUCAUGCAGUUGAUAACCCAAAACCAAACUCAGAACUAGCCAUGCUUCGACAGUACGGGCCCGAUGUCCCGGAUUCAGUUCUCCAGAAACUGGUAGCAGCUUUUGGAGAGCUGCGAAGUUUGGCCGACCAAGGAAUUAUCAAUUAUCCUUACUCGACUCGAGAAGUGGUGAACAUCGUCAAGCAUUUGCAGAAGUUUCCGACAGAAGGACUUGCGAACGUGGUCCGGAACGUCUUCGAUUUUGACUCCUACAACAAAGAAAUGCGUGAGAUAUUAAUUAGCACGUUGCACAAACACGGAAUACCUAUCGGUGCCAAGCCCGACAACGUACAGAUGGCCAAGGAAUUGCCACUGCCGGAUACAAAAUUUAUGGGCUAUUGGAAAAUCAAUCCUUUGGGGAAAUCGCGACGAAGGCUGUUGUGUCCUACUGAAACUCAUCGCGUAGACGUGAAGGGUCCGAUCUAUUUAAACGUGCAGGCCUUCCCUCUGGAGAGACACGAAGGCAGAGCCUUGAGUUUCACCGAAGAGCUAGCAUUCUGGACCCUGCCUCUGAACCAGGUUAACUUAGUCUGUGAUGUGGCCUCACAAGAGCACGAAGGCGAAACCUCCCUUUACGUGGCCACCUGCAAUCCCGUCUCCUUGUAUUUUAUGAAUGUAUCGAGUAAAACCGGACACUACGUGGACCUCUACGACCUCUUCCCACGGACACUCCGGGGCAUGUGGCAACCCUUUGUCCGACUGGCCCCCCUGGGCGGUCCCCUCCGAGGUCAAGUAGUCCUACACGAAGAGCAGAAUCACAUUAUUUUAUUGCUGGACACAACUACGGGGGCCGUGAGCCGACUCACCCUGUUACCGGAUAUCCAGGCGUCGCAUAAGGGAACAUCCUGGUGGGGAGGAAAACAGGAGGAGACAAGUCACAAAAUGUGCAAGGAAUUCGCGCAUAAGAAUUGGCUGGUGUUUUACAAAGAGGAAGGGAGCUAUCUUACUGUGAUGGAUGUCCUGGAGGGCAAUGCCCACACCAUCUCCCUGCCCAUCAGUCUCAAGUCUGUCUUUUUAGUGGCCGAAGACCGGUGGCUUCUGGUGGAAAAUAAAACCAACCAGAAGUACCUGUUGACUAAGCCACUACACCUGGCUGUGGAAGAGACCGGCAUCUGCCAAUUACACCCACUGACCGAGGAACCAGGAGAAACUGGAUUUGGACUAACCACGGGUAUGGAAUUUAAAACCGAAUUCUACGUGCCCCGGGCUGUUUCUCGGGAUCCGCUGUCUUCCGAGAACUUAAGCCGAGCCAUUGAGCAGAAAAUCAGCGCCCCCAACCGAGUCUUCUCCAGCCAGGAAGAUUACGCGACGGUGGUGAUUGGAUUCCCGGAUCUCAUGUCCCCCAACGAGGUCUUCAGCUGCAAGAGAGGCUCCCCCCUGAGCAGUCGACCACACUCACCUGCUGACCCGCUUUAUUACGGGAGAGGGAGCCGAGGCGGCACGGCAAAGCACAGCAAUUGUGUCACCCUGGCUGCCGCGAACCAGGUGGUGAGGAUCUUGGCCCCGGGAGACGUGCCUCUGAAGGAGCUCUAUCCGAAAGAUGUGACGCCUCCCGAAACCGCUGGAUACUUGGAAAUUGCAGAUCUUACAACCAAGAAAGUGAAAUAUAUACCUAUUCCCAGAUCCACGAAUCUGUCUCCGUACACAUCCUGGCUAGCCACGAUUUCAGACACGGACGCGUUGUUGGCUUCACUGGGGAAAAACGGAGUGGUGACUGUAGACAUGGGGGGCAACGUCAGACUGUGGGAAACCAAUCUAGCAAGCCUGGAGAAAUCCCUCCAAGAAUGGAGAACCAUGAUUGGCCAAGAAGAUGGCAGGCCCGUGCAGAUCACCAUCCAGAGAGACAGUGGCUUGGACGUCAGGUCCCCUAAACAUGGGAAGAUAGACGCAGACAACGCCCCCCAUGUUGGAGGAAACACUUGGGCUGGUGGGACAGGUGGGAGAGACACCGCAGGCUUGGGAGGCAAAGGGGGUCCCUAUCGGCUGGAUGCCGGUCACCAGGUGUACCAGAUCUCUCAAGCCGAGAAAGACGCGGUACCCGAAGAGGUGAAAAAGGCCGCCAGAGAGAUGGGCGAAAAGGCCUUUAAGCAGAGAUUAAAAGAGAUCCAGAUGAGCGAAUACGACGCCUCAACUUACGAAAGGUUUUCUGGCGCUGUUCGAAGACAAGUUCAGUCCCUGCGAAUUAUUCUGGAUAACUUACAGGCCAAAGGCAAGGAAAGACAGUGGUUAAGGCACCAAGCCGUUGGAGAAUUGGACGAUGCCAAGAUCAUCGAUAGUCUGACCGGGGAAAAAACCAUCUACAAGCGACGUGGAGAACUUGACCCACAGCUUGGAAGUCCUCAGCAGAAAUGCAAGCGCCUCUCGCUGCUGGUGGACGUCUCCGGCAGCAUGUACCGUUUCAACGGCGUGGACAGACGACUGGAGCGGUCCAUGGAAGCCGUGUGCAUGGUUAUGGAAGCCUUUGAGAACUACGAGCAGAAAUUUAAGUACAAUAUCCUCGCCCACUCGGGAGACGGAUUCAACAUUGUCCUAGUCCCCAACGAGAACGUGCCCAAGGACAAUAAGCAAAGACUAGAGAUCCUAAAGGUGAUGCACGCCCACUCUCAGUUCUGCAUGAGCGGAGAUCACACCCUGGAAGGGACCGAGCACGCCAUUCGGGAGAUCGCCAAAGACGACGCCGACGAGUAUUUCGUCAUCGUCCUAAGCGACGCCAAUCUGGAGCGAUACGGUAUCCCGCCCGCACGAUUUGCACAGGCCUUGACGAUCGAUCCCAAAGUGAACGCCUUCGCCAUCUUCAUUGGGUCCCUGGGGGAUCAAGCAGACAGAUUGCAAAGGACGUUACCGGCCGGCCGUUCGUUCAUCGCCAUGGACACCAAGGAAAUCCCGCAAAUUUUGCAGCAAAUUUUCACGUCCACCAUGCUCUCCAGUUCCUAGAAAAAAAGGUUUCCAUUGACUAGACCGACUGUUCAACGCAGAAUAAUUCAGAGUAAUUGAAAUGACCUGCUAAUUAGAGUUGAAGCACUAAUGAUUGCCCUGACUUUAUACUGAAUAAAUAUACUUUAUAUUGAAGUACAUCUUGUACUUCAAUCAGCGUGAGCUAAACUGUGGCAUCCUUCCACAAAGGGGAUGGUUUAAAAACACGAUCAGAGCUUUGGGAUAAAUUAAAGAGAUCUAAGAAUAAAUUAAAGAUUUCUACACAGGCUCUCUUAAAUACAUUUUGUGCCUAGUAGCUAUUAAAGACAACGACACCCA